AUGGCGUGCUUGCAUGACCACAGUUGCGAAGAUCAUGAUUGUUCAUCUGAUUGGUCUCUCUACAAACACAUCGACCUCACCAAGGCAUCUGCUUUGAAUGAAGCUACUCCUGGCAGUGUUAAAUCAGUUUUCAAAGCUUGGGAACACCGUUUGAAUACUUCUGAGGAACACUUGGAAAGCAAUGAGGGUGAUCCUGAGUUACUUGUAUUCAUUCCAUUUACUUCAGAUGUCAAGCUUAAGAGCAUAUCCAUUGUUGGUGGAGCUGAUGGAACAAGUCCUUCUAAGAUGAGAGCGUUUAUCAAUCGAGAUGGCAUUGACUUUUCAGAUGCACAAAGCAUGCAAGCCAUUCAGGAAUGGGAUUUAGCUGAGAAUAUGCAAGGAGUAUUGGAAUACCAAACAAGGUAUUCUAAAUUUCAAAGUGUGGGAAAUAUUACAUUACACUUUCCUGAUAACUUUGGAGGCGACACUACCAAAAUACACUAUAUUGGUCUUAAAGGCGAAGCUACUCAGUUAAAGAGGGAUGUCGUAGCCACUAUUGUUUACGAGCUUAUGCCAAAUCCUUCUGAUCACAAGACGCGUGCUGAAAGCGGCGGGGGUCUUUCACAUGUUGAGUGA